GUCACUCAACAGUCCACAUAGAGCGCUUAAUUCAUCUGCAGUCAUGCAUAUAACAUAUUGGGGGAUACUAGCUUCAGUCUUACUGUUUUCAGUAAACGCAGGCCGUUACGACCAAGGCCCUCAACAAUUUUUUGAACCAUCAGCGCCUUCACAAGUGGUACCUAAUUAUGAAACAAAAGAUAUUGUGUUAUAUUUAACACCUAGCCAAGUUCAGGCGCUUGAAGCGGGCGGAGCUGAACUCAGACCGCAAGAGGACGAUUCUGAACAAUUAUAUCCAGUGAAAACUGAUCAGGAACAGGAAGAAGAAUCCGAGCAAAGUAAUGAUAAAGUAGAAGAAGAAAAUUAUGCUGAUCAGAAGCUAAAAGAGAUUUCAGAGCUUGAAGAAAUUUUCAGAAUUCUAAAUAAACAAAUUGAGGAAGAUGCUAAAAAGAUUCAUGGGGACAGUUACAGUGGGCAAAUAUCAGGAAAAGAAAAUGGACAAGAACAGGAAGAAGAUAUUGAAGAAGAACAACAAGCGGAAGAAAAGCAAUUAGGAGAACAGGAUGAAGCUCAUCAAGAAGAAAAACAAAUUGGCAACUUUCGGAAAAUUCCUUCAAGGUUUGGAGUUCUUCAAAGAUAUCGCUUGGAAAAAUAUUUUUCACCAUCAGUUUCUAAAAAACAAAACCAGCAUCAGCAGGAUAGUAGUCUACCAUCUCUCCCCUACUAUAAAAAAUCUUACCGUUUCCAAGAACAAACAGAUAAAAAAUCGGACAGAGACGGCAUUAAGGAAAAUGUAAAUAGUUUGCAAGAUAAGUACAAAGUAACUCCCGCUGAAGAAGAAUCUCAAGAAGAAAAUAAGCAAAAGCUACAAGUAGACCUCGGACAGGAGCAAUUGGCAGAAUUACUUAAUCCCAUAUCAGAAAAUAAUAAGAUCUUGCAGUUUAUCUCAGAGCAUAGGGGACAGUUGGUUCAUAACGAAUUACAACUGUAUAAAAAACUACAAGAACUAAAGGCGGCACCUAAACAUCACCAGCGAAAAUAUGAAACUGAAAUCGAAAGACUGAGGACAAAUUUACAAGCACAAAAUGCACUUGAAACAGCUGAAGCUUUAGCCAGGGCAACACGUUUCUCACCUAAAGAGCAAUUCGAUGAAAAUAAUUUCCAACUUGAUAAUGACAACCGUGAAAAUUUACCGUCAGGAUUUAGAAGUUUCACAUUUAGGCGCCCCCAACAAUUUGCACCUCUCGAAGUAUCGACACCAAUACCAGUUCCCGUAAUCAAAAGUUCAAGAAUUGAAAUCAAGACUCCCGUGCUAAUAAAACCCGUGAGACUUGGACAUGCUGCAGCCCGUAAUAAAGCCUUCCUAAAGGUAAAUAAUUCUUAUGAACAACAAGCUAUUCCAGUGAUAAUAGACAGACAAGUUGCUGAUAGCAGUAAGCAUGAAGAGUCAACGAUUACUCGCCAUUUGUGGGAGCAUUAA